AUGACGGUUUUGGUGCCCAAGCCUUAUAUCCCUGUUCCAGAUAUGACCUUUACUUCUGCUUUUAAUUUCUCAAUGACAUGUCAAUUUCAGUAUAUUGAUCGAGUAAGCACAGAUGAGGAUACAAAUUUAUGUGCAAAAUACAUAAAUGCAACACAAUGCUCUACAGAAACAGAUGAAAAUCGAUUUGAUGGCCGUUGUAUCGGUCAAUUCGAUAGUCGAAAUUGGCAAUCAGUUCCUCAAAAUAUGUUAAAUUAUACGAUCGUACCAAGUCAAAACAAACUUUAUGCAAUUCUUUUCACAAUUUAUCAAACGCCAAAUGAUACGGGGUAUAAUUCUAGCUCUGAUACUGGAAUGAAAGUCAGGGUUGUUGAAUCCACCUUUAAUCCAAUGAGAAUUAGUGAUUACUUAAAGCCUCUUAUGAAACGGAUUGACAAAUUCUAUGUUGAAAGGUUAAACAAUUUAAAUCUCCACGUCCUGGCCUCUCAACAGGUUAAUCAAAUGUAUAUCACCAGAAAACAAAGAUACUACCAAAUACCAAGUUUUUUGAAUGUCAUUGGAAUUCCACCAAUUUACUUUAAGGCUCCUUUUAUUGAUUCUACCUUCGAAUCGAUAAAAAUCCCAUCUUUUCAAUAUAAUAAUGUUUCAUCAUCAGACUUAUUGAACCUUGGUAAUAUCUAUGGAGUUUUUUUCAUUGGGAAUAAUAACUGGAUGGAAGAGAUUCAGACUGAGAGCAGAUCUAUUAAUAUAUUGAAUGCUCUUGCAUUAUUUGCUGCAUUUUAUGGAUUGUUAAUGGGAAUAUACGUCUGUCUCUUUGGUUUCUCUGCAGUAACUCCCUGGGGAAUCUGUCAACGAACUUGUUGCAGGCGUCGUUCAAAAGAAAAAUUAUAUCGUCGUUUUGCUCCAGAUGGUAUUCCAUUAAUCUCUCAAAGCAGAAUUCACAAAACGAUCCCAGAACGACUAGAUGUUGUGGAAAAUUUCAUAAAAUUAUUCAUUUUAAAUGUGGACGAUCAUGCUGACCCUGAACCAGAAACCACUGCCCCCGAAACCAAACCACCCAGUAGUAGAUUCAGUUAUAUCGGUGGUGGUCGUAUUAAUGAUGAGAAACCACGAAGAAGAGCACAUCCCGUUUCAUUUGUUUCGUCAUUGAAUUCUAUGUCAUCGUCUAAUACGUUAGUUGGUGCACCGCCUGAUAUUUAUCAAACAAUCACUAAUAUGAAACCAUCUGAGACUAUGACUAUAUCUACACCAAAUAACCCUCCUUUAAAUCCUAUUGAAGAAGAAAUUACAUCAGAACCACCACAAACAACAAUAAAUCGAGAAAACAAACAAUAUGAUAGUAAUAGUUCUUCAAUAGGAUUUAAAGGAGGGUUAUUUGGUGUAGAUAUAGUCAUAGUCUCAGAUG